AACAUUCUCCGCAAUCCAAAGCGAAAAACCAACUGAAAUACACCAAACCCAAAAUCUCAUAAUAUCUACAAAUAGAACUCACUCAGCUAACCUAAGAGGAGGAGGAUGGAUUUCAGGCUAAUGGGUAUCGACACUCCACUGUUCCACACUAUCCACCACCUCAUGGACACAGCCGGUGACGAUUCCGACAAGUCCGUCAACGCCCCAUCGAGGAACUAUGUACGUGACGCUAAGGCCAUGGCUGCAACACCAGCCGACGUGAAAGAGUAUCCCAAUUCCUACGUUUUCGUUGUGGACAUGCCAGGGUUGAAAUCUGGAGAUAUUAAUGUGCAAGUGGAAGACGACAAUGUGCUGCUGAUAAGUGGAGAAAGAAAGAGGGAAGAAGAGAAAGAAGGGGCUAAGUAUAUCAGAAUGGAGAGAAGGGUUGGAAAAUUCAUGAGGAAGUUUACGCUGUCGGAGAAUGCGAAUACUGAUGCGAUCUCUGCUGUUUGUCAAGAUGGAGUUUUGACUGUGACU